GAAACAGUCACAGAUCAGCUGAAACACGGAGACAAACAUGAAGAGCCUCACACUCCUGAUCUUCUGCUGCGUGAUAGCUGCAUGUCUGAGCGCAGGUCUUCCUGACACUAAAUCAGUGAGUCCUGCAGAAUCUCCCAGUGAUGAUGGUGUGGGAACAGCACCUGCAGACCUGACUGUGACUCAGCUGGAGAGUCUGAGGGAAGUGUGUGAAGCAAACCUGGCCUGUGAGCACAUGAUGGACGUGUCCGGCAUCAUCGCGGCCUACACUGCGUACUACGGGCCCAUUCCCUACUAGAGCACCUACCCUAACCCGCGUCAAAGCGCAUUAUAAGCAUCUGUCAAAAAUGAUAAAAAAACAUAAGCAGAGGAGUUGCUGAAGCCAUACCAGAUCAUAAUAAAGAAAGAAAUCAAAUA